AUGACCUUUUCAAUUUCAACAGCAAAGACCGUAACCACACCUGGCCAGGUAAAUACACAUGCUUUAAGCACACUGACCAAUGUACCGUCUGCUGUAAGCAACCCAGUGCCUACAAUAAUAGUGAAUACAGGACAACUUGGAACCAAGUCGCCUUUGGUGGAAGGUACUAAAGUUAUCCAAGGGAGCACUACAAUUUCAUGUGUUAGCAGCCAGCCUGCGGUGACGGUGACCCCAAAGGUGGCCAGAGUAGCCACAAUUACUCAGGCACCAGGGAAAGGGACUGUCCUCGCCUUGCCAAGGGCAACAACCCCACAGCAAAACGGAGCACCACGGGCCCCCCAGACCACCACAGUGCAGCUGCCGGCAAAUUUUCAGAUUCCACAAGGCAUGGUUCUCAUCAGGAGCGACAGUGGGCAGCUGAUGCUGGUCUCUCAGCAGGCCUUGGCACAGGCGCAGGCCCAGGGCAUCGUCCCCAGAAUGGCCGCAGGUGCCAGCAACCCUGCAGUGAGAGGGCCAGCCGCUCUGCCAGCUGGGCAGCCUACUGCAGCAGCGGUUAUUCGAAAUUCUGAGGCUACACCCCUAAUCAGGGCACCACCUCCACCCAGCAGUGCAGCAGUGCCCUCGUUGCAAAAGGUGUCUGUUGUAAAGGCCACAGGGGGCACUGUUUCCUCCUCACCAGCUCAGACUGUGCGUCCAACUGCACCCGCGCCGGAGGCUCUAGAAAAUGGGAAGAAGUGUAAGAAUUUCCUGGUGACGUUAAUUAAGCUGGCCUCCAGUGGAACCUAUUCUGCUGAAAUGGCAAAAAAUGUCAAGGAGUUGGUGAAAAGUCUUCUGGAUGGAAAAAUUGAACCAGAAGGGUUUACUGACCGGUUGUACACGGAACUCAAGUCUUCACCUCAGCCCUAUCUUGUCCCUUUUCUGAAGAAGAGUCUCCCUGCCGUGCGUCAACUCACCCCCAACUCGCAGCUCUUCAUCCAGCAAUGCACACAACCCAAGGCCCCCGGGCCUGUGGUGCUUGCUGCCAACAAGGCUGUGCAGCCCGGCCCCAUCACGGCUCCGCCCCUCAAACCCGCCCAGCCACACAAGUCCACCCAGCUGGUGAUUCAGCAGCCCAGAGGAGUGGUGAUAAAACAGUCUGUAACAUCAGGACAGCCUCAGAUAUCCCUGCCUGUCCAGAACAAGACUCUGCCGAAGCAGUUAGUGACCAACUUACAGACGACUCCAUUUCCUACAGGAGCUAUUAUAAAGCAAUCCCCUCUUCAGGUGUCUAAAAUUAUAAGCACACAACCAUCUCUGGUCCCGAAAAAUGGCUUCAAGGACAGCACACCUGGUUCUUUCAGGGAGGAGGAUGACAUCAACGACGUGGCCUCCAUGGCCGGGGUGAACCUGAGCGAAGAAAGCGCCCGCAUCCUGGCGACCGGCUCCGAGCUGGUGGGGUCGGUUGUGAGGUCGUGUCGAGACGAUCCCUUCAUCCCAGUGGCUGUGCUGCAGAAACGCCUCAUGGAAAUCGGUAGGAGACGCGGCAUCACGGACGUCAGUUCGGAUGCCGUCAAUCUUGUUUCUCACGCCACACAGGAGCGCUUGAGGGAGCUGGUGGAAAAGCUGACCGUGGUCGCCCGGCAUCGUAAGAUUUCUUACAAGGACAAUUCUGGGUACACACAGACUGGUGACACUCGGUCACAGCUCAAGUUUCUGGAGCAGCUGGACCACCUGGAAAAACGCAGAAAAGAGGAGGAAGAGCGAGAGAUACUGCUUCGCAUUGCUAAGAGCCGGUCCAACCGAGAGGAUCCCGAGCAGCUCCGUCUGAAACAGAGGGCUAAGGAGAUGCAGCAGUUGGAAUUGGCACAGAUGCAACAAAGAGAUGCAAAUCUGACUGCGCUUGCAGCUAUUGGGCCUAGGAAGAAACGACCAUUAGACUCCCGGGGCUACGGAUCUGGAAACGAGGUACCAGGUGCUCUAGGUUCCUCUUCCCCCACCAUUCCGAAGCAGGUUUCCAUCCAGAGGAUCACGCGCGUCAGCCUACAGGACCUGCUGUUCUGCAUGGAGCAGGAUCCCUCACUUAGACACUCACUCAGCCUUUACAGAGCUCAUCUCAGAUAGCAGAGAAGCACUGAAACACACACACAC